AUGAUGGAAAAUGAUUUUGAUGCUGAAAAGUUCAGUGAUGUAACCAAAAAUAUACAUCUUUUGAAGCCAUCAGUGAUAGCAGAGAUGAUUGAUGUUGCAAAACAACAUGCUCAGUCGAUGAUUGGUGCUAGCGAUCAUUUACUGAAACUGAUUUCAUUCAUCGACUUAACUAGUCUAAACAGCGAUGAUACGGAUAGUGUGAUCGAACGACUUAUUGAUAAAGCUGUCUUACCGUAUCCUACGAAGCCAGAAACGAGAUGUGCUGCCGUUUGUGCUUACCCUGCACGGAUAUCAAGCGCUAAACAUUAUCUGCAUUCGAAGUAUGGCCAACAACAAUCAUUAGCUAUAUGUUCAGUGGCAGCAGGUUUCCCAUCUGGACAGUAUCGAAUAGAAUCUAAAAUAUUAGAAGUGAAAUUAGCAGUAGAAGAUGGAGCAAAUGAAAUUGAUAUUGUGAUCAGUCGUGACGCUGCAAAUGAACAAGAUUGGAAACGUGUAUAUGAUGAAGUAGCUGCUUUGAAAGCGUGUUGUGGUUCGAAUUGCAUGAAAACAAUCCUAGCAACUGGUGAAUUACAGACUAAUGAAAACAUAUAUCGUGCUAGUUGGGUUGCAAUGCUUGCAGGUAGCGAUUUUAUCAAGACAUCAACAGGGAAGGAAAAAGUGAAUGCAACCUAUAAAGAUGCUUACGUUAUAUGUCAAGCUAUCAAACAGUUUUACUCUCUUACAGGAAAGAAGGUCGGUUUUAAGGCAGCGGGUGGUGUUAAGUCAACGUUAGAAGCCUUGGGAUACCAAGCUAUGGUGGAAAAAAUUCUUGGUAAAGAAUGGCUUGAACCGAAUUUAUUCCGUAUUGGAGCAAGCAGUUUACUGAAUGAUAUUAUCAACGAAUUAAAUAAAAUAUAA